AUGUCCUUGGCAAUAGUUGCAUCGCUAAGCAUUGCUUAUCAACAAGUGUUUAUUUACAUGGGUAUUCCUAUUUUAUCACUAGGUCUGAUUGGUGGUUUUUUCAAUACACUUGUUUUCUUAAGCCUUCGAACAUUUCGAGAGAGUUCCUGUGCAUUUUACUUGACAGUUAUGUCAAUAUUAAAUAUGGGUCAGUUAUUAACUGGUUUGUUAUCACGUAUUUUGAUUAGCGGUUUUAAUAUUGAUUUUACGCGCACUUCAUUGUUCUAUUGUAAAUUUCGUGUGUUCUUUUUCCAAUUCUCAGUCAUCAGUUCACUCGCAUGUAUCUGUUUGGCAACAAUCGAUCAGUAUAUUGCUACAUGUACACGUCCUCGUUGGCGACAAUGGAGCAAUAUUCGUUUAGCACGACGUCUACUCAUCGGUGUGAUCGUGGCAAUUAUUAUUGAACAAAUUUCUUUUUUAGUUUUCUAUGAUCAGAAAAUUUCAUAUCCAUCUAAUCAAACAGUUUGUAUAACUACGAGUACUGGUUUCGAUCAAUUCACUAUCUAUACCAAUUCUCUUCUACUUGGCAAUCUCAUCCCUGUUAUAAUAACUUUCAUUUUCGGUAGUCUUGCUUAUAGAAAUAUUCAACAGUUGAGAUAUCGAACUGUUCAGUUAGUUCGACGAGAACUUGAUAAACAACUGAGUAUGAUGGUUCUUGUUCAAAUAUUCUAUAUUAGUUGGACGAUUACACCUCAAUUAAUUCUUUAUAUUGUGGCAGUGUAUGGAAAUAUUCGUGAUUCGACUGUUCGCGCACAGAUUAAUUUAGCUUAUGCAAUUAGUCUUUGUUUAUACUAUUCUUUUUUUGCCUCUCCAUUCUAUACUUAUAUCAUCGUUUCCGAACGUUUCCGUCGACAAUUUCUUCAUGUCAUUUUUCGAAUACAUAACAAUCAUCAAUGGCGACCAAAUCGAGUUCAUCCGAAUAUGCCUAUUAAUGUAGUAGUUUCUUUCUUGUAG